AUCUUGCAGGAAAAUGGCAAACGAGAAGUAAGUUGCAAAAAUGGAGUUUGCCGAUUUAAUAAAGAUAUCUAGGAUUGAUAAUGUCAGAGUCCGUCGAGCUGGUAAACCCUGUAUAGAGGCUACUGUAGCUGUUACAGGUCAUCAUCUCAUAAUCUCCAGCUCGGAUACCAAGGAUUCAACAGAUAGAGAAAUGUGGUUACUGCAUCGAGGUAUUCUAUCUGUAAGCAAAGAAACUGAAUCCAACAGAUCUGGGACUUUACUUCUGAAGUAUAAAGAUAUGAGAGUAUUUAACCUAGAUAUUAUAGGUCAGGACUGUCUGACCGCUCUAACCACCUCCCUGCAAGCUCUGAGUAAUGUGGAAGAGCAAACCUCAUCAUAUCCUUUCUUCUAUAAUCCAGGAUUCAAAGGAUUGGAAGAUGGUUGGUGUCUUUUCCGUCCAGAGGAGGAAUAUUGCAAGUUGAUAAAAGGAGCUGAGUCCACGUGGCGGGUAUCACGUGUUAACCACGAGUUUAGUGUGUGCGCCACCUAUGGUAAACUACUGAUAGUUCCUACUAACCUUACAGAUUCACAGAUCCUUACUGUGGCCAAGCAUAGAAUAGGUGGAAGAUUUCCUGUUCCUUGUUAUCUUCAUAAUGUAAAGAACAAUUCAAUCCCACUGGUCAGAGGCUCCUACACUGUGGCUGGCUGGAGGAAUGGUGAGGAUGAGAAGCUGAUGGCUGGGAUUAGAGGAAGUAAUAGAAAAGGAUUUAUCAUCUGUAUUCAUCAUGACAAGAUAAAGAUGGCAGGUGGUAAGUCUGAAUAUGAUACUGUGUAUGCGCAAUGGAAACGGGUCAAUCUGAGACUUCCGUCUUUAUCUGAACUUAGGGAAAGCUUGAAUAAUCUGUCCGCUGCUUGCAAUGAUCCUGGGAAUGAUAAAUGGAUUUCAAAGCUUGCCUCUGCGCAUUGGUUAGCUCAUGUCAAAGAUGUUUUAAAUGCAGCAUGUUUAGCGGCCCAGCUGAUAGAAAAGGAAAAUGCGCCAGUAGUUGUAAUUGAACAGGAGGCAGCUGAUCUAAGCUUGAUCCUGGUUUCCCUGGCGCAGAUAAUUUUAAAUCCCGACUCCCGGACUCUUCAUGGGCUUGAGGCGCUCAUAGAACGGGAUUGGAUACAAGGUGGAUAUAAAUUCUGGACGCGGCAUGGUAGUUCAAGUCCUGACCGCGAGACAUCGCCAGUGUUCCUUCUCUUCUUAGAUGCAGUCUUCCAGAUAUAUACUCAGUUCCCUUAUUCAUUCGAGUUCACAGAUAGAUUGCUAGUUGUUUUGGGAGAUCACAGUUUUUCUUCUCCGUUCGGAACCUUUCUCUCAGAUUGUGAGAAGGAACGGUGUUCAUAUUCAGUGCGUGAACAGACAGUCAGUCUUUGGUCCUAUCUGAACCAGGUUGAGAUAUUAUCAAGUAUGUUGAACAGUCUCUAUAUACCUAAUAACUCUGUGAUCUGGCCAAGUGUGGCACCAAUGUCCAUUAUUCUCUGGACAUCAUACUAUCUUCGUUGGGUUCAGGAUCAAAAUAAUUAUACUUAUGAGAGGAGAAAGAUUACUGAAAUAAUAGAACGGAAUAAGACAGCCAAACUUCAGGCGCUUAGACUUCGCCGAGAACUACAGGAGCUUCAGGAUGAAGCACUAUCUCUUGGUCUGCUGUGUACGGAGGAUACAGAAAGACGGGAUAGUGACAACUCCGUUCAGACUUAAUACAGGGGUCACCAGGAAACAGUAGAAAACAGGGGUAACUAGAAAACAGUAGAAAACAGGGGUAACCAGGAAACAGUAGAAUACAGGGGUAACCAGGAAACAAUAAAAUACAGGGGUAAAUAGGAAACAGUAGAAUACAAGGGUAACCAGGAAUCAGUAGAAUACAGGGGCAGGAAUCAGUAGAAUACAGGAGUAAACAGGAAACAACAGAAAAAAGGGGUAGCCAGGAAACAAUAGAAUACAAGGCUAAUCAGGAAACAGUGGAAUACAGGGGUAACCAGGAAACAGUAGAAUACAGGAGUAACCCGGAAACAGUGGAAUACAAGGGUAACUAGGAAACAUGGAAUACAGAGGUAACCAGGAAACAGUAGAAGACAUGGGUAACCAGGAAACAGUAGAAUACAGGGGUAACCAGGAAACGGUGGAAUACAGGGGUAACUAGAAAACAGUAAAAUACAGGGUAACCUGGAAACAGUGGAAUACAGGGGUAACUAGGAAACAGUAGAAUAUAGGGGUAAACAGGAAACGGUGGAAUACAGGGGUAACUAGGAAACAGUGGAAUACAGGGGUAACAAGGAAACAGUAGAAUACAUGGGUAACCAGGAAACAGUAGAAUACAGGGGUAACCAGGAAACAGUAGAAUACAGGAGUAACCAGGAAACAGUAGAAUACAGGGGUAACUAGGAUACAGUAGAAUACAGGGGUAACCAGGAAACAUGGAAUACAGGGGUAACCAGGAAACUGUGGAACACAGGGUAACCAGUAAACAGUAGAAUACAGGGGCAACCAGGAAACAUGGAAUGCAGGGGUAACCAGGAAACAGUAGAAUACAUGGGUAGCCAGGAAACAGUAGAAUACAGGGGUAACCAGGAAACAGUGGAAUGCAGGGGUAACCAGGAAACGGUGGAAUACAGGGGUAACCAGGAAACAGUAGAAUACAUGGGUAACCAGGAAACAGUAGAAUACAUGGGUAACCAGGAAACAGUAGAAUACAUGGGUAACCAGGAAACAGUGGAAUGCAGGGGUAACCAGGAAACGGUGGAAUACAGGGGUAACCAGGAAACAGUAGAAUACAGGGGUAACCAGGAAACAGUGGAAUACAGGGGUAACCAGGAAACAGUGGAUUACAGUUGGAUGUAUUGAUCUAAAUGUAAAAAAGUACUUUUGUCAGAUUAUCUGUGAUUUUAAAUCUAAAUGUUCUCGUAUACAGUAUUGGGUUUCUAAAAACCUAAGAUUGGCAUUAUAACGAUUAAUGUUUCUAUAAAUAUAUAUGUACAGUGAUUUA